UUUAAAUAAAAUUGGAAAUUUUGUGAAAAAUUUACACAAAAACUCACCCUUGGAAUAAAAUUAUUCUAAUAUUGCAAUUUAGAACAAAUAAAAUAAGAAAAUGAAGAACGAUGACAAGAGUAACGUACCUAAGGUACGUAUUGCAGUUUUAGGAAGUGACAAUGUUGGAAAAUCAGCAUUGACAGUACGUUAUUUAACAAGAAGAUUUAUAGGUGAAUAUCGAUCAAAUACAGAUCUAUUAUAUAAACAAACAAUAUCACUAGAUAGUGCUGGUUUAACAGAAGUUGAAGUAGUUGAUAUUUCAUCAGAAAAUGAAAAUGAAUUUCCUAUGGAACAGAUACAAUGGGCCGAUGCUUGUAUGAUUGUUUAUAGUAUUACGGAUCGUAGUAGUUUUGAAUAUGCUUCUAGAUCAUUAGCUGAAUUAAAAUCAAUACAAAAUGCUCCACUAGCAUAUUUAAUUGCUAAUAAAUGUGAAUUAGAUCAUUUAAGAGAGGUUAAUGAAACAGAAGGUGCUUCAUUAGCUGCAACACAUUCUAUAGGAUUUUGUGAAAUUUCUGUAGCUGAAAAUUCACCAAAUUUAUAUAAAGCAUUUGAAAAAUUAUUAAUUGACUCAAGAGCAAGACCAGUUAAACAUAGAAAAUUUUCUGUAACAAAAAUGAUUGGUACAUUAAUUGGCGCUAAUAAUAAUGGUACAAAACAACAAUUAUUAAUUAAUCAAGGUACUGUUGUACCAUGUCAUAAAGGUGAAUUACAUAAAUCACGUGUAUUAAAAAGAAGACAAGCAUUUACAGCAACUGCAUCUCUGUGACCAUCAUCAUUAACAAGAAUAAAAAAUAAUGUGGAAUUGAGAGUAACACAAGAAUAUUAAAACGGAAGAAAAACAAAAUGGAAAAUAUAACAACAAUAUUCAUUUUAAUAUUUUCUCAAUAAAAAUAAUAUAUAUAUAUAUACAAUAUUUUAGUACCAUUGAAAAUAAUAUAUACAAAUGUACAUAAAUAUGUAACAUAGUACAGUAUAUAUAGGUACAAUUAUAUAUAUAUUAUAUUUUAUACUUUUUUUGUUUUUGGAGAAAAAAAAAGAAAAAUUUGAAAAAACAAAUUAAGUUUAUAAAAGGAUUUUGAAUCGUUUUAUAUUUACGAACAA